CCAUCUCCCCUCAACUCUCCUCCGCCACUUCUCUCCCCCCACCUCCAACCACCUCCCCUAACUUCCAGCUCCAAGAGAAACUCCUCUUCUUGGAUUCUCUUGGCAUAGACUCUUUCCAUUGCCUCACUUCGCAUCCCCUUAUUAUCUCCUCUUCCUUAUCCGAUCUCAAAUCAAUUAUUGACUUUCUUUAUUCCAUCAAUCUCACCAUUCUUGAUAUCCGGCGCGUGCUACACAUGUGCCCGGACAUUUUAACCACACCACUUUCCUCCAUCCUCCGCCCCGCCGUCACCUUCUUGCUCCGGGAAGCUCACGUCACCGGUGACAAUCUUCCCUUUGUUCUCCGCCGCCGCCCCCGGCUGCUCACCAAAUCCGUAGAACAGAAUCUUCGACCCACCCUUUACUUCUUGCAGAGUACAAUUGGUAUUGAGGAUGUUUCAAAGUGCGCAACUUUACUCUCUUGUUCUGUGGAAACUAAGUUUAUACCCCGUUUGGAUUACUUUCAGAGAAUUGGGUUUUCGAGGAGAGAUGCGAAAGUGAUGUUUAGGAGGUUCCCAUCGUUGUUCUGUUACAGUAUAGAAGAGAAUUUGGAGCCGAAAUUCGAUUACUUUGUGGUGGAAAUGGGGAGGGAGUUGAAGGAAUUGACUGUGUUCCCUCAGUAUUUCUCAUUUAGCUUAGAGAAAAGGAUAAAACCGAGGCACAGGAUGUGUGUUGAGAAAGGGGUGUGCUUGUCAUUGCCUGUGAUGUUGAAGUCGCACGAAUCGCGAUUUCGUGAUAGGCUGGAUGUGUGUUGUAGCUCUUCUAUGCCGGGAGAACGAUGGAGAGUGUUCGAGGUUGAUUGAAUUUGCUUUUUGUGGUGUUCUUUUCCAGAAUAAGCAGUAGCAGGUGCAAUAUCUGUAUGCUAGGAUGUUAAGAUGCUAGGAUGAGGUGUUGAUUUUAGGUUUGAAGCAUUUGUUUUAUUUCUCUUCCCUACAAUUCGAUCGGCCCUUUCCUUACUUGAAUGAAGGAAGGGAUGAAUUCAUCAAUUGCCAUUUCCAGAA